GCAGCAUUCCCUCCCUCGUUGAAUUGGAUGACAGGACUGGGAUGGCCUCUCGUGCUACAGUGUUAGUGUUGAACGGUUCGUCCGUCUGAGAAAGGAUGUGAGAAGAGGAGGAGGCUUGCGGUUUCUGUAGCAAGCAUGCGGCUUUGUUAGAUUCGGUGGAUUUUGGACACCGGCUUUACAUGCAAUGUAUUUGUGCUACAUGGAAUUCGUUUUUCCCAUUUGUGUUUUCUACCGGAUACAUUCUUAUAGCUUGGAAUCGAGUGUUUUCCUGUGCGGCUCUGUUCAUUGGUAAACUAGCGGUUGCAUCAGUCGACUGUCAAUCAAGUCUCGGCUCUCUGCACCUGGUAUUAAUUUAAAUUUGCCGGUGAAUGUUUGUUGACAUUGAGUUUUGGAGCAAUCCUUUUCGUUUAGCCUUUGGUAUUUCAAUAACCGAGAGUUUAUUGUGCAGCCUUAUUGACAAGGUAAGAUUGGAACCGUAACACAGGCUACAGUACCCCUAGUUACAUUAAUAGCGGACUCUAUCCCGGAAAAUUACAUCUUGACGGCGCAAGGAGGAACUAGCCUACAAGUACACUGUCCUCUCGAUUACUGUAUCAGUGAUUGCCAAAGCGUUGUUUGACAGCUGUCUUUGGGAACGCGUUGGACAAUAGGGCUUGCCUGGAGGAGCCAUCUGCUAUUGUUUUCUCUAUCUCGCGGAUAGAUCAAAACAUUAACAGAUCGAACAUGUCGCUCAGCAGAAGUAUUGAAUGGGAACACUUUGAGGAACGGGACAAAACGCACCGUUCAUCACGGGCUGACGGCUCGGGAUCCCAGUCAGGCUCCAGAGGCAACGGUCUCGUGCCCAGCCCGGCGCACAGCGCGCACUGUAGCUUUUACCGAACGCGCACGCUCCAGUCGCUCACCUCCGAGAAGAAAGCCAAAAAAGUGCGGUUCUACCGAAAUGGGGACAAAUACUUCAAGGGUUUGGUGUAUGCCGUGUCCAACGACCGUUUUAGGUCCUUAGACGCCCUGCUUAUUGAGCUUACCCGGUCUCUCUCGGACAACGUCAACCUGCCUCAAGGUGUCCGGAGCAUCUACACUGUGGACGGCAGCAAGAAGAUCAGCAGCCUGGACGAGUUAGUGGAGGGUGAGAGCUACGUGUGUGCCUCCAACGAGCCCUACCGCCGAGUGGACUAUACCAAGAACGUUAACCCUAACUGGUCAGUGGGCAUCAAGACCGGCCAGUCCCGCUCCCUGUCCUCCCUCAGCACCCUGGUAAAGGGCGAGCUGCAGCGUAGCGAGGCCAGCCUGGGCACCAGAGACUUCAUCAAGCCCAAGCUAGUGACGGUCAUCCGCAGCGGGGUCAAGCCCAGGAAGGCUGUGAGGAUCCUGCUGAAUAAGAAGACUGCCCACUCCUUCGAACAGGUGCUGACCGACAUCACGGACGCCAUCAAGCUGGACUCCGGGGCGGUCAAACGGCUCUACACACUGGAGGGAAAACAGAUCACCUGUCUCCAGGACUUCUUCGGUGAGGACGACGUGUUCAUCGCGUGCGGCCCAGAGAAGUACCGCUACGCGCAGGAUGACUUCCUGUUGGAUCACAGUGGUAAGGAUACUGAAUGCCGGGUGCUCAAGUCCUCAUACUCUGCUCGCUCGCCCACUCCAACGAGGGCUGCUGGGAGCAAGAGCCCUGGACUCUCACGCCGUAUCAAAUCCCCGGGCAUAGUAAGAAGACCAAUCCAUUACUCCACCAGUAGCCAGUCUCCUGUUAAAUCCCCAGUCAAUGGUGUCCCCAGCAGUACGAUCUCCACCCCCAAGUCCACCAAAUCCAACAGCUCCUCCCCCACCAGCCCCCGCAGUAUACACAGCUUCAAGAUUCCGCCACAUCACACGUCUGCCACCAAUGUGAACGGGUCUCCACACAGUCUGGAGUUGGCCUAUAACAUGAGUCCUGAGGUUAACGGCAACAGCUGUAGCUCUAUCACAACCGUCCUGGAUAAGUACAAGGUCGGCAAGGUCAUAGGAGACGGAAACUUUGCCGUGGUGAAAGACUGUGUAGAACGGUCCACUGGGAAGGAGUAUGCACUGAAGAUCAUUGACAAGGCCAAGUGCAGUGGAAAGGAGCACCUGAUAGAGAAUGAGGUGGCAGUGCUGAGGAGAGUCAAACACCCCAACAUUAUCCAGCUGAUAGACGAAGUGGACACACCCACUGAACUCUACCUGGUCAUGGAGCUGGUCAAGGGUGGCGACCUGUUUGAUGCCAUCACGUCCUCCACUAAGUACACAGAGAGAGAUGCCAGUGUCAUGGUGUUUAACCUGGCUGGAGCCCUGAAGUACCUCCACAGCAUGAACAUAGUACACAGAGACAUCAAGCCUGAGAACCUGCUGGUGUGUGAGUACCUUGACGGCACGAAGUCUCUGAAGCUGGGGGACUUUGGUCUGGCAACUGUGGUUGAGGGGCCCCUGCACACCGUGUGUGGAACCCCCACCUACGUGGCCCCUGAGAUCAUCGCUGAGGCUGGUUAUGGUCUGAAGGUGGAUAUCUGGGCAACUGGGGUCAUCACUUACAUCCUGCUCUGUGGCUUUCCUCCCUUCCGCAGUGAGGACAACCUUCAAGAGGACCUGUUUGACCAGAUCCUGGUGGGACGACUGGACUUCCCUGCUCCCUACUGGGACAACGUCACGGACUCAGCCAAGGAGCUGAUUGGGCGGAUGCUGCAGGUGAACGUGGAGGCUCGCUACACAGCACAGGACAUCCUCUCUCAUCCCUGGGUCACGGAUGACAACAUGGAGAACAACAUGAAGAUGGAGGUGUCAGGUAAACUGAGGACACACUUCAACACAGCACCAAAGCCCAGCACAACCACAGCAGGAGUGUCAGUCAUCAUGAACACAGCUCUAGAUAAGAAGAUGAUCCAGCUGACUCGUCGCAGCCAGAGGCCCACAGCACCACCUCCGCCCCCACCACCGCCUGGGAAGAAAGUAGUCCCUCCUGCAGCCAUGCCAGUCAAGCAAGCCUCACCCAACACCAAACACCAACACCCAACACCAGUCUCAACCAACACCAAGAUGGCAUCACCCACCAAGCCUGCCCUCCCAGAGGAGGAACCCAAGAGUCCUCAGACUGAUGUGCCUGUCCCUGUAUCCCCUCCCAUCUCUCCUUCAACACCUACCAGACCCGUUACCUCUCCCUCUGUCCCUGUCUCUCCUUCCUCUCCUACCAAGCCUAACGUCUCUAUCUAUCCUACCUCCCCUACCAGGCCCAACAACUCUCCCUCUCCUACUAAACCUGUUAUCUCUCCCUCUCCUUCCUCACCUACCAAACAUGAUAUCUCUCCCUCUUCACCUACCAAACCUGUUAUCGCGCCCUCUCCUUCCUCUCCCUCUUCACCUACCAAACCUGUUAUCGCUCCCUCUUCACCUACCAAACCUGUUAUCGCUCCAUCUCCUUCCUCUCCCUCUUCACCUACCAAACCUGUUAUCGCUCCCUCUCCUUCCUCUCCCUCUUCACCUACCAAACCUGUUAUCUCUCCCUCUUCACCUACCAAACCUGUUAUCUCUCCCUCUUCACCUACCAAACCUGUUAUCGCUCCCUCCUCUCCCUCUUCACCUACCAAACCUGUUAUCGCUCCCUCUUCACCUACCAAACCUGUUAUCGCUCCCUCUUCACCUACCAAACCUGUUAUCUCUCCCUCUUCACCUACCAAACCUGUUAUCUCUCCCUCUUCACCUACCAAACCUGUUAUCGCUCCCUCUCCUUCCUCUCCCUCUUCACCUACCAAACCUGUUAUCGCUCCCUCUUCACCUACCAAACCUGUUAUCUCUCCCUCUUCACCUACCAAACCUGUUAUCUCUCCCUCUCCUUCCUCUCCCUCUUCACCUACCAAACUACAAAUGUCCCCUUCUCUUUCCUCUCCAACCAAGCUCCAUGUCUGUGCCUUCCCUGGGGCCUCUCAUAUGCCAGUUACUUGCCCCUCUGCCUCAUCACCUUCCAAACGCAAAGCCGCCCCCUCUCCUCCUGCCCCUCUCUCUCCCUCCUCACCUCCCUCUCUUUUUACCUGCCCCUCUCCCUCUGACCCUCUGUCUCCCUCUGCCUUUCCCAGCCCUCCCUCACCCCUGACCUGCUCCUCUCCCUCCUCUCCCACCCCUCCAUCACCCCUGGUGGGCCUUGACGUUGAAGCUGCUGCUACUGCCAGAGAGCUGUGAGAAAGAAUGAUGGAUGAGAAGACUGGCUGCAUGGUCUAAUUUGUACCUUUCCAGCCCCCUUACCUCCACACGCCGUAUCCCCAGACCUAUGAUUCGCAUGUAGGGGGCUAGAUACAGAUAGAACCUCCAUCCCCAGUAACAGUAUAACAGCUGAUGUCCACUGCUGUAUCGUUCCUAGGCUCCCAAGCAGCAAAUGGCAAAAAAAAAGCAAAAUGGCUCCUACAACCUACAGUACAAUCUCUGUAGAGAACCCAUCAUAUCCACGCUCCAAGAGGGAAGUUGAGGUGUUUUGUACAUUUUGGUUGAUUUUGUAUAUACGGUAUGUGUGUAUUUAUAUAUGAGCGAUAUGGAGAAAACAGAGCGAGGCCUGGCUAGUUAGUGUGUGUGGUUUCAGACAGGGUUUUCUGGAAUGACUUCUGAUCAUGUUUUAUUUAUUGUCUGUGGUUGGUUGGUAGAAACACACAUGUUGAUUAUGGGUAGAAGUGUAUUAUUUGGCGUGCUUGUUGUCUGUUGUAAGAUAAACUGCUACUGUAGAUGUAUAUAGUAUUGUAUGACAGACACGAGGCACCAGAAUGAAAGUUGAAGGUUUGAGUUUUGUUUUCUUCUCUUGCCUAUUUAUCAUUGGUCCGCUAUGGAGCCUGUAGUGUUUAACUGCUGAACACCAAAAGAGAGACGCAUCAGAGUAGAAGAUGAACGUGUCAAUGAGGAGAGGUGUGCCUGUGAAAAUAGCUGCCAGAUCAGGGGUGUGUUCAGGGCGGCAGGUAGCCUAGCGUUUUGAGAGUUUUUGGCCAGUAACCGAAAGGUCACUGGUUCGAAUCCCCGAGCCGACUAGGUGACAAAUCUGUAGAUGUGCCCUUGAGCGAGUCUCUAAAUGCUCCUGUAAGUCGCUCUGGAUAAGAGCAUCUGCUAAAUGACUACAAUGGAAAUGUUCAUCAGGCACAAAACGGAAGAAAACAGACAGGGUCUUCCUGGACAUGUCCUGUAAGAAACAUUUGCCCUCCAUUGCUAAAUGUUUUUCAUUGUGUGCCCUAAUGAACCUGACCCAGUAGAGUUAGAUUCCUUUUCUGAAACCAGCUGACAGGAAACACUGGGAGCUCUAUCCCCUCAUAUACUCAUUUAUCAGUCCAGAUUUACCAGAAAAUAAUGUGAGGCUGUUCAACUUUGCUGUUGUCUUUGUCUGUAAUGGUAAUGCACAUGUUUUAAAGUCCAUGUUUAAGUCCCAAAUCGCACCCUAUUCCCUAUAUAGUGCACUACUUUUGAGCAGGGCCCACAGGGUUGGGGAAUAGGGUACCAUUUGGGAUGCGGCCUGUAUCUCUUUACCUAGCCUACUGCAUGCAGUUGGUUAGAGUUUAACCCUUCGGAUAUUGAUAAUGGCUCCGAUGCACAGCACUACUACUCCAAGGGGCUUUAGUUGCAUGCCAUGUUCCUCCCCCUGCCUCCCCACAAAACAGGUCUCACACACACACACACAUCAAGCUGGUACUAUUGUACAUAUAGUAGCUGUUCUGUAAUGUUUAGUCAAACUACACUGUCAUCAUCAUAAUGCUUUUUUUAUUGCAGUUUUAGUCUGGAUACUUGUAUAAAAAUUACAUUUCAAGCAGGAAAAACACUCCUGUCAGCUUUGGCCAACAGUUUUAGUUUGUGCAUUUUGCCACUGUGACUCCCUUUAUCAUUAUGUAUUAGCAGCACAUCGGAGAACUUCAAACGCAAUAAAAAGUAUUCAAAUCAG